AUGUGGGAAGAAGGUGUUUUGCCAUGGAAGUCUGCUUCUUGGGUUCCACCAUCUAGAAGAGGCGCUGACUACGAUGCCGAUGCAAUGAUGCAUGACGAAAAGCCAAUGUACAAGAGAAUGUUUAGCAGAAAGUAA